ACGUAUCACUGUCGGUUCUUAACCUCUCAAGUUUAAAUCGUGUUAGAGUCGCUAAAAAUCGACACUGAUAGUUGAUAUUAGUGCCAGUUAUAGGACGAACUGGCAGUGAUACGAUCGGACCCGUAAUUUUACUUCAAUCUGAUUUAGGCUCCACUCGUGUCCACUGGCUCGGUCGCACAUGAUAUUUUCUAAGUCACCACUCCAUCACUCCACUCUCUCUCUCCACCUUAUCUCCUCCCACCUCUGGAGCUUGUGAAUGGUGAACGGCGAGGUCGAGGAGGAAUACACGUGGGCGUCGCUGUCGAGGAGGUAUGAGAUCGGGUGGACCCUCGGGGAGGGCAACUACAGCAAGGUCAAGUAUACGCGCCACCUCGCCAUCGGCAGCCACUUCGCCGUUAAGAUCCUUGAUCUUAACAAGAUCCUCUCCCUCCGCAUCGAUGUCCAGAUUAGGAGGGAGAUCCGGACAUUGAAGCUGCUCAAGCACCCCAAUGUCGUCCACUUGCACGAGGUGCGUGUUUCACCAAAUUCACCAUCUUCUUUUCUCCAUUUCUCUUUCAGUUCUUGUUUCCGUUGCUUUUGAUCUUGUGGAAUUCCAUGGGAUGCAUGUUCCACCAAGCUCCAGGGAGCGCACCACCAUCCUCUCCACCAACCCCCUAAAACACCGCUUCAGAUCCGGCGAUCGGUGGCGUCCUCCAUGCGCCCACCACCCCAACCAACGGCUUUUAGAACAUCAGGCGAGUUCGGAAAGCUCUCUGAUUGUUCACUCUGUUGCAAUUGUUUGGAUAAGAGCAAAUGAAUCUUGUGCGAAAGAAUAGCAGUGAAAUGAAUCUUGUGUGAAAGAACAACAGUGAAAUCUUAUUUGUGAUUAACAUCAAUGUGUGUAAUCUUGUUUGCGAUUACGUGUUGUGAUUCUGUAAUCUUGUGUGAAAGAACAAGAGUGAAAUCUUGUUUGUGAUGUGUGUAAAAUCGUGGGCGAGUCUGCUGCAUUGGGCAACUUUUUUUU